AUGACCGGAUCAUUAAAGUCCACACAACCAGUCUCUUCUUUCGCGUCCACUGGUUUUGAGGAGGAUGCGGUACCUCCAGAUGUAUGCGCCAAGUUUGUGACCACUUCCGAUGACGGACGCGUGGAAGUCCUUCUGCUCAGCGUGGGGAAACCUCUGGUCAUAGGACGAAACCCUUCGCUUUGCGUACGCACAAGUGUCGGAGGCAUCAUGAUAUCCUGUCAGGACUUCUCAACCAACGGGCUUUUGCUAAACGGGCACAAGUUCCGGAAAACGUCUGUGCUCGUUAUGAAUGGUGACGCGGUCAAGAUACCUUCUUCCAAAUCUUUCCAAUGUCUUCUCAAAUGGAAGGAAAUCCACGAGAGAAGAACACCUCACCCGACUCUCACACCGUCCGUAGAUCGUGUGGACAAAGAUGUGGGCGGAUAUCUCAUUACCACUCAUUGCCUCGGGAGUGGGAGUUACGCAUCAGUGUAUCUCGCGCUCAACACGUCAGCUCAGAGGCAGGUGGCUUGUAAAGUCAUCAAGCGCAAAGAAGGCAGUGACCUCAAGAAAGAAAUGAAAGAGGCCACGCUACUCAUGAAAUUCAGACAUCCCAACAUCAACAAGGUGUAUGCUGUUGAUUCCGAUCCAGAUUUUCUCUAUAUCAUGCUGCAACUGUCAACCGGAGGCGACUUAUUCACAUACAUCACCACAAGCCCACGAAAAAGGCUCGGUGAAGGAGAGGCCAAAUGGGUCAUGUAUCAAAUGCUCAAUGCUAUCAAGUACCUCCAUGACCGACAGAUUUCUCACCGUGACCUAAAGCCUGAGAACAUCCUACUUCUCGCCCCGGGGCCUUAUCCUCAGAUCCAGCUUGCUGACUUUGGACUCGCCCGACCUAAAGCAUACCAGGAGACUCUACAUGUCUGCGGAACAAUCUCGUAUCUCCCGCCUGAGGGCAUACUCGCGCUACAGCACAAGCAUCUGGGCUACGUCGGAAUGCCAGCAGACUGCUGGAGCGCUGGUGUUACUCUGUAUGCGAUGCUCUCGUAUGUGGUGCUCUAACUCUGCUUCUGCUCCCGUGAUCCAUUGUGGACUCUCCUUGGUCUAGUGGAAGCCAUCCCUUUGAAGCUGCGGGCUCCACUUCGACGAACUACGCGGCGGAUGACUACGAAUCGGCCGAGUCACAGAACCCGGACCAGCAAACUAAACAGCGUAUACUCGAUAGACGCCUUUACUUUGACACCGUCGCGUGGUAUGGCCUUGAGGAUGGUACGUCUCUGCUUUUGCUCUGAGUGGAACUGUCCGUCAGAACACCGCUUUGCCCCUCGUUUCCAGCGAAGGAACUCGUCCAUGAUCUCUUAGCCACGGACCAUCGGCAACGGGCAACGGUCUAUCAGGGACUCAGGGGCCGGUGGAUAGCUCAUGACUUGGAUGAACUUGAAGACGCGUAUCAAGAAAGAAUUCAGCUCGCACCAUAGUGCUACUGUGUCG